GGCUCCAGCGCACAGAUCACAAACUCAACAGACGCUCACCUUUCUUCUCGCUGAAGUUUAUUUCCUGUUGAGCUGCUGAGAACGACAUGCUUCACCGGUGUGUUGUGGUGCUGCUGUGUGCCUUUGCUGCUGUUUGUCUUGCAGCUCCAGUCCAAAAUGCAGCUGAUGAUGAGAGAGCUCGGGAGCUGCUGGCACGUCUAGACGGAAAGACUGUAGAGGAUGCUGCAACAGAAAAACCAGCUGUUACAGAAGCAGGUGGAACAGAUGAACCUUCAGACAGUGAAAUGUCCACGAUGGACAACACUGAAGAGAAAAGUGAAGCUUCCAUGAUGGACAAAUCUGAAGACGACGUGAAAGAGUCUGAUGAACAGGAUCCAGCAAAAGCAGAGAAUAAGGGAACCGAGUCGCCAGACGAGGAGGAUUCCACCAUGAAGAACUCAGAAGAUGAGACAGACGAGUCAGCAGAAGUUGCAGCGGAGGUCAAGGCCACGGAGAAAACAGCUGAGAAGCAGGGUUCUACGGAGGAGCCGAGUGAAGAAACCUCAGAGGGCGAGGAAUCGGAUUCUGAAGCCGACAGUCAAGACUCGACAGACGAGCCGAGUCGAGAAACAGCAGAAGAUGACGAGUCAGCAGAUAAAAGCGAGACUGACGAUGACGCCUCCGAUUCCGCCGACAUGUCUGAAGCCGCCUCAGAGUCAGCGGAGAUGUCCGCCACUCCAGAUGCUAGAGGUUCAAAUACAAACAAGACUGGAGAUAAUGUGUCCUUCGAGGAGACUGAAGAUCUAAGUGAGGACACGUCGAUGGAGAAAGAUCAAAAAAGCGAGGAGUCCUCCGUUAGUCCCACAGACGGCGGAGCUAAGGACAGCGCCUCCCUGGAGAGCGAUGAAAUGUUUGAGGAAAGUGAUGAACACAGUGAAGAAGCGAAGAACACUGCAGCCCCAACACCUGAGGACGCCGAUGCAGACAGCAAAGACAAAUCCGACCAAUCAGCACAAGACCUCAGCACAGAGGACGACAGCAAAGACCAGGACGCGAACUCAGAAGAACAGGAAGUGGCUCCGAGUGACGACGAAGGCACCAUCUCUAAAGAUGAAAUGAUGGACGACGACCAGGAGGAGGAGGAGAAGGCCGUCGACGACGAUAAAGACAAGGAGGAGGAAGAAGAGGAGGAGGAGGCAGCGAAUGACGACUCAAAAGAAAUGGAGGUCAUGACUGAAAAGGACGACGAGGAGAAAAUGGAGGUGAAUAAAGAACAGGAGGACAGCAACGAGGACAAGCCCGCCAAGAAAAAAGAUGAGGCGGAUAAAGAUGAGGAGGAAGAUGCCAGCGACAAGAAAGACCCAAACCACAGCGAGGAGGAAGACGAGGAGGAAGGCUGGGAGGAGGAGGUGGGCGUGGAUGACUCUCUAGAGCAAGAAGACGGGGCGAACAAAGAGGCGAGCGAUGAAUUGGACUCGUUUGAUGAAACAACUUUUGACCAGCUGGACCAACCAGACAACUCCACCCCUCCUGCAGAUGCUGCGAUGUAAACGCUCUGCCUCGGAACUGUGGAAGAAGACCGACACCAGAACCACGCCCCCCCGGUCUCCACGGUGGAAUACAGAUGCCAUGAGGACAAGAAGCUAAAACUGCAUCCAAGUUUCAACCUCCAGCUUCCUGUUUGUUUGCCUUGCCAGGCUCGUUCCUGAUGUGUAUGUUGUAUUUUGUUUUCAAAGCGCCUUUAGAAGUCCUCAAAAAUAAAAAAAAUGUAUAAGACACCUGCCGUCCUCCAGUCUACUAGCCGCACUUCUCCUUUAACUUCUACCUAACUUUCUGCCUGCAGAGAAAUUAAACGAGCUGCUGAUCUCAGAUCUGCUCUGUGUGUCUGAUUUCACGCAUGAAUGUGUACAUACAGUCCAUCGUUUACUUUACAGACAUUAAUAUUUUUUAAAGGAUGUGAGGGAAUACCAGAGUCAACAAUUGUACACAAGGAAUGGCUAAUAAAGUUUGAACUGUUAUUAACCCA